AUGACGAUUGCCGACCAGGGUCAUCAGCGUCCCUCACUCGUGUCUCUCGAAGUAUUUGAUUUCACGGGCAUGAGCAUUCGUUCGGGCCUGGAGCCUUUCAUCCACUGGCUUCUCCACACCCCUUCACGCUUGACAAUCCGCCAUCUCACAUAUGAAUAUGUCUUAUGGCCGUUCUCGGAUGGUCGAAGCGCAUGUACAGCGCUGGUGGGACAGUUGCCUUCGCUCACCGCGUUGGUUGCCACCGUAUACCCAGACAGUACAGUGAACACACUGCCUUUAUCCCAUCUGAAGCACCUCGAAGACCUAUGGCUCCAAUUUUUCCAGAACAAGGAAGGACCUUCACCUUGGGAUGUCAUGGCUCACAUAGUUAGCGGGGCGCGCUCGCGCCUUCGCCGGUUGCGCAUCACCAUACAGGCGGAAACUUCCAUCGAUACACAGAAUCUGGAGAAGAUGGAUCCCGUCUUGGAAGGCCCAAGCUUCACCGACCUUGACCGAAUGCACUUCGACAUCCGUGGUAGCGACCUUUCUUCGGAACUCGUUGUCCUUUUUGGUGAGGACGUCAAGCAGAAGCUACCAAAACUGUAUGCUCGCGGCAUCGUAGAAGUCUCGUGA